UCCCCGCUCGCCCAUCCUACCCUGUUCAAGUCGCACUCUACCAAAAUCGCGCGCUUGCCACUAACCCUCCCUUCGUCUGAGCAUCGACCUUUUGGUCUCCCUCCUCAAGAAGAACUGGCAAAGCGUCAGGUCGCUGCACACCAAGACAACCACGGGCAAGCCCGUCCGCUUGUUCUAAGCGUCGUGCAUCGCGUCACCUAG